CCUAUUAGAAGUGACACAGAGGAUCUUUGCUCCACUCUUUGCUGUAUAAUUUUACUGAUUUAAGCAAGUUUAUACCUAAUAUUAAAAGGGGGAGAAUACUUACCUUUUUUUAGGUUUGGAUUAAUUAUAUUUUUUUAAGAAGGGAAAGCAAACACAGCAAGCUGAGAUUUGCUCGGACCAUGUGAGCUCUUCAAGGAUUUACAAAGUUAAUGGAUGCAAAGUUGAUCUUACUAUGAGUCCUUUUUGGAGAGUUUGACGCUGCUACAAUUCUGUGUUUUCACACAAGUAUGCUUUUCAGAAUACUGACUUUGACUCUGAUUCUUCUGCAAGGCGCUUUGAUGGCCUCUGUUAAAUCCGAGAGCAGCCCCAGGAUUGUUCCCAUUAAAGCAUCCGAAGCUUCCCAGCCAUCUGAGACCUCGAGGUCCAGACAAAAGCGCUGCACCUGUUAUUCCUACACGGACAAAGAGUGCGUCUAUUACUGCCACCUGGAUAUCAUCUGGAUAAAUACUCCUGAGCGCACUGUGCCUUAUGGUAUGUCUAACUACAGAGGGCCAAAGAGAAGGAGACGUGAUGCUACUGCAAUAGUGGCUAAAGGUGAUCAGCCUCAGAUGCGACGCUGCAUAUGUGCUGUGACUGAUGCAGACCCUGGGUGCAGAAACUUUUGCCACUCAAGCCUGCAUCAGACUCAACCAGCCAGAAUCCUCCACAAAGACCCCGUCUUCGGAUGACACAACAGCAUCUAUAAAUCUGCUCCUCUUCCUUUUUCAAUGGAUUUUUUUACUCUCCUUUAUCCCCUUGCUUUUACCCUCCGUUUGGCUCCUUGCCUCCCAGGUACAAACUGUGAAAAUGAAGAACUUCGGAGUUGCGCUCUGCCAACAUUCCGCAGCAUCAAAACUCUUGGAACAAGUUCCAUCAGGCCAACAGGUUUCAAGAAGUCCUCAGUAAAAUUUGAUGCAGACCCCCAGAGGCUAUUCCCCCUUUUUGAUUCAUUUUGAAAGAACCAAAGGAUCACUCUUAUAAUGAUAGAAAUACAAAACUAAUGACUGUUUAUGUCAAGCUUCAUCAGUUCAGUGCUUGGGUUUUGGUUUGUUUGUUGUCACCUGCAAAUUUCAGAAUUUGAAUAGUCUAAUAUGGAGUCAGAAAGGGGUCAAAAUGUUUGUAAAGAAAAAAUAAAAGUUGAUAUUUAAUGUCAAAUUUGAACCAUAUAAUGUGAGAAACUAAAAAAGCAAACAUAAGUUAAUAAGAAUUGAAUCUAGAUUCAGUUUAGUAUUCUAAUUACAAUGUUUGUUUUUUAUUGCAGU